GGUUAUAAAAUUAUUUGUUUAAAUUUUUCAAAAUUACUGUGAUGGAUCAAUUCAAAACAACAUACAGAAAGGACUACCUGUGGCCGUACGUCCAUCCCAACUGUAGUUUAAGAAACAACGAAGACUUUUUAAAGCAAUUCUACCAGGUUGGAGACCAAAAAUGCACCUGUUACGAUCAAAAAGAAGAGCAGGAGCAGAAUAUGGUUGCUGGUGCAGGGGAAGCAUCUUGGAGCCGAGGGGGACCAAUGGGGGUACUACUGAACCCCACGCUGUAUCCUGAAAACGCAGUGCCGAAAAAAGAAGCUGAAUAUCUAAGCCCCAGUGCGUACUUAAAGAGCCUUAAGGAGAGAUUCCCAGAGGUUUUUGUGUGUUUGGAGGAAACGCCCCAAGAGGGUUUCCUCGCGAAAUUCGACAAAGAUAGGCUGCAAAGUACGUACGAUAAGGAUUUCUGCAAAAAUACACCUCUUCCUGUGGAGAAAAAAAUGACUCAAAACAGCGAACGAAAAUUAAUGGCGGGUUUUCGGCCAGGCUACGAGGAAAAAAGUUGUCGUUUGACAGACCCGGAAAAGCUUCUAUCGAAGAAAAUCUACAUUUACGAGGAAGAAAUUCAAAAUUUUAACCCAUUCGAAAAAUGCCCCCACAAAAUGGCCCCCUACAUUGAAAAAUGGGGACAAAUGGUGUACCGUUAAAAAUAGCG